AUGGUUUCCGCCCCCCCUGUCUUGGCCCUAGAAGCCGCCCUCAAGGCCAUCCCAGACCAUAGGGCUCCUGGCAUUACAGGCACUCGCAUUGCUGCCAUGACCAGCAUCUGUGUUGAAAACGUUCAGUAUGAGUCGGCCCUCGUCCAGAAGCUGUUCACCUACUUCAUGAUGGCAACUCCUCCUUAUAAGCUCGGCUUUCUAUAUGUUGUAGACUCAGUGGUCCGCAAGUGGCUUGUGCAGGCUAGAAGCCGUCAGCAAGUCUGCGACGAGAAUGCCGCAGAUGGCACUUGCGGUGCUGGCGUGCAUCGACUGACGGUGCUGAUGCCUAACUUCAUCGAUGACUUACUUCGAGCUUUGCCCGACGGCCACAAGGUGUGUAGCAAGUUCUACGAUAUGAGGGUGUCCCCCGUCGCCAUUUCCUACCCCGCGCUGUUUACAGCGGUAUCGACGUUAAGUUGA